CUGGUGGGUUCUGGGGGAGACUGUGCAGGGAGGCUGGAGGUUUUUCACAGCGGCUCAUGGGGGACAGUGUGUGAUGACUCCUGGGAUAUUAAAGAUGCUCAUGUGGUGUGCAGACAGCUGCAGUGUGGAGUGGCCCUCAGUAACCAGCAGGUACCAGCCUGGUUUGGUCCUGGUUCUGGACACAUAUGGCUGGAUGAGGUGGAGUGUGAGGGGAAUGAGACGUCCCUGUGGAGCUGCUCUUCUCCAGGCUGGGGAAAACAUGACUGUCAACACAAGGAGGAUGUAGGAGUCGUGUGCUCAGAGUUUAAAGAGAUCAGGCUAACUGAGGGCUGUGAAGGGAAUCUGGAGGUUUUCUACAAUGGAUCCUGGGGUAAUGUGUGCUGGAACCAGAUGGACAGAGACACAGUGAGUCUGAUCUGUCAAGAGCUGAACUGUGGAAGAUCUGCUGUUUUCUCUGCUUCUACAGCAAGAGUGGAAUCAGCUCCUAACUGGCUGGAUAAAGUUACAUGUCGACCACAUGAUUCAUAUCUGUGGCAGUGUCCAUCUUCACCGUGGGGACAGAAUGACUGUGGUGAAGAUGAAGUGGCAAAAUUAACCUGCUCAGACUGA